AUGCCUCGUAUAAGAGCCCCUUCAAAUCUCCCAGAACUAGUCAAGUCGACUUUUACCAAGGCCAGGUCAGAGGGCGAUUUGCACUAUUUCCCCACUCAGGUUACGGUUCUCAAUGUCGACUCUAUCCCAUUCCAACUACGAUUCUCUCCAUCCCUAGCCAACAAGCCCAAACCACCACCCAAAGACAUCUCCAAGCCCCAAAAGCCCUUUGAUCCCUUCGAGAAUCCCCUUCCCGCUCUGAAAGUCACAGACCUCGGUCCCUCUCACUACUGCGUCCUGAACAAGUUCGCCGUUGUUCCUGAGCACUUCAUCCUCGCUACCAAAGAAUUCAAGCCUCAGACUCAUGUCCUCGAAGAAUCUGAUCUAGAAGCCACGUUGGCUUGUAUCGAGGCAUAUGAAGCUGCAAGACGCACUGAAGCUGAGCAGGGUCAUCGAGAUGGAACCUUGGGCGGCGGAGAUGGUUUAUAUGCUUUUUUCAACUGCGGUGAUCACUCUGGUGCUAGUCAACCUCAUCGACAUAUCCAGUUGCUCCCUAUUGCAAGGAUGAAGGAUGGCUUUGAAGUCGAUACACCCUGGACUGUUCUUGCUGACCAACUCAAGAUGAAAGUUGCGCCUUUCGCUACAUUCGCUGAAGAAAUCAACCUAGACAUGUCUGGCACCGAUCUCCACGCCAUCUACCUCCGACUAUACCGCAAGGCCUGCCGUGCUGUGGCAUACUACACCAAAGACCCCAUGCACGCGGACGAAGCACCCAGCGACGGUCCCACGCGGAUAAGCUACAACAUGGCCAUGACGAAGAGCACGCUCGUAGUCUGCCCUCGUCUAGCGGAAGGUGUCAAGCUACAGAGCCAAGAUGGCGAUGUCCUGGGAACUCUGGCCUUCAAUGGUACCCUGCUCGCUGGUACGGCUUUGGUCAAGAACGAGUUGGAGUGGGAGGCAUUGAAGCAGGAUCCUGAGGCGCUGCAUAAUGUACUUCGAGAUAUUGGUGUACCGACGACGUUUGAUAAUGGAGAGACUCUUCGUCUUUGA